GUUUGGUCAAUCAAUGAAAGCAGACGUAACUUCAUAAAUCCUUUGUUUUUUUCUCCUAAGUUCUCUGAUUCCCGUGACAGAGAGAGAACCAAAAAACCAAAGAAACAAAAGACAAACUUGACAAUUACGUGACUGUGAACCUUCUCUUUCCCUUCACCAAAUCACAACCAAACCUCUAGAAGGUCCUGUAGCCUAAUAGCCAUAGCCAUGCUUCUUUGUGUUCUUUUAUAUACCUGAUGAUCACUAGCCAAGGUUGUAAAAAAGGUGCCAAUAUCGAUAUCAUUAUUUACGGUUUUUAUGAUGAAAUAGAAAUUGUAAUUCAUAUUGCAAUGACCGCAAUCAGUAUCGCAGCAUCUGGACACUGAAAUUGCAAAAGCAUUUACGCGAUUGCGAAAGUUAGUUAUAAUGAAGUGCUUUUACUAUUUUAAAUUUACUCUUAAGGGUAGGGGUCAAAGAUCAGCUCCUGAGCUAAAAGAGCAAGAGAAAAGUCAGUUUUCGGGAUCUGAAAGAGUUACGAAGUCUUCUUGUUCAUCUACCUCUUCACCUAGGGGUAUACCGAAACUCUAUGAGGAGAAGGGUCAUAAUUUGAGGGUGUUUUCGCUCUCGGAACUUAAACGUGCAACAAGUGAUUUCAAUAGGCUUCUUAAGAUAGGUGAAGGUGGAUUUGGAAGUGUUUUUAAAGGUUCAAUUAAGCCUGUUGGUGGAAAUGGUGAGAAUGUCUUAGUUGCUAUCAAAAGACUUAACAAAGAUGCAUUGCAGGGUCAUAAGCAAUGGUUGACAGAAGUUCAAUUUCUUGGAGUUGUGGAGCAUCCAAACCUCGUUAAGCUUAUUGGAUACUGCGCUUUGGAUGGUGAGAGAGGGAUCCAACGAUUACUCGUGUACGAAUACAUGCCGAAUAGAAGCUUAGAAGCUCAUCUUUUCAAUAAAGCUUAUGAUCCUGUGCCUUGGAAAACAAGACUUGAAAUUGCACUUGGAGCAGCUCAAGGCUUAUCUUAUCUCCAUGAAGAAUUAGAAGUCCAGGUGAUAUAUCGCGAUUUUAAAUGCUCCAACGUGCUUCUGGAUGAAAAUUUUAAACCAAAACUUUCUGAUUUCGGACUCGCUAGGGAGGGACCGGUAGCCGGGGAUACUCAUGUUUCAACUGCUGUAAUGGGGACACGUGGUUAUGCUGCUCCAGAUUACAUUGAAACAGGACAUCUCACGUCCAAGAGUGAUGUAUGGAGUUUCGGUGUCGUGCUAUACGAAAUACUCACCGGUAGGCGUUCGUUGGCAAGAAACCGUCCGAAAACAGAACAAAAACUACUAGAAUGGGUGAAGAACUAUCCACCUGAUAGCAAAAAGUUCGACGCGAUAAUGGAUCCAAGACUUGAGGGACAGUAUUCAAUCAACGCAGCGAGAAAAAUCGCCAAGCUCGCAGAUCAUUGUCUGCGUAAGAGCGCCAAAGAUAGGCCGGCAAUGAGUCAGGUGGUAGAGAGAUUGAAGCAAAUAAUACAAGACUCCAUUGAAGAACAAGAACAAGAAAAAGAACAACACGAACAUGAAACUAACGAGAUAAACAUUGUUGAGGUAGCUGAAAAUGAAUCAGUUGAGCCGCCUCUAGAAGAGGCGAAAUCGUCGGGUUCGACUGAGUUAUGGAGAAAGAGAAUGGAACAUCUUGCAAAACUUGGUGAGCAUGUGGAGAGUGUUAGUAGAAAAAGGUUUAUGAUCCAACAAAGAGCUAAUGUUUCUUCUUAGUUCCAUUUUGGUAUAUUCUGAACAAUGAUGAAUAUAGCACAUUGCAUGAAAUAUUUAUAUGAUUAAUGUAUAGAAUAGUGGUAGCA